UGUCUGCGUGAUCAACAGCAUCACAGAACAGAGCACUAAAACCACUUCCUUUUCUUAAUAUAGCCUAAAUGGAGAAGUAAGAAUGAGUCAGAAAGACAAGUGUGCCGUUGAUUUAGAUUACUGUCAAAUCUCCCAGCAGCUUUCCACAUCAUUCACAUCUCUUCACCUGCAGCAUACUGAAUACGUGAUUAUAGUAUUCACACAGAGCUGUAGUCUUCUUGGAACUAUAUCAAGAUCAUCAUCAAUAUACAAACAUGAACGGCCUGCUCAUCCUGGGUGUAUUGCUGUUUAUCCCAGGGCAAAGUGAUGCUAACACAAUGACUCAAACCACCCUUGUAUCUAAUGGCGAUCAAUCCACGCUUCAUUCAUCAACAGCAACCUCCCCUGGUUCCAGAAGCAAGGCUGAAAGUGUAUCUCAGCCUGCCAUCAGCUCUGCCUCCACUACCAGCAUCACCACCACCACCACCACCACCACCACUGUGAAGACACCAACAACCACCCAUAGUGUUUUUCAAAAAUUCAAAGCUGAAUGCCGUGAUCUGUACAUACUGUCUGGCGUACUGUUAUUAAACUGCGUUCUUUUUAUGAUAUUGACACUGAUACUGCUGUGCAAGGUGUGCAAGUUGAAGAGACGUCUGAGAACCGAUGGCGAACCUGUCAGCAACAACGAGUACUGGAUGGGGACUGAGAAUAAGGCCAAAAGUAAGCCUGACUCUGAGAGAGCAGCCAAAGAGACCACCAUGUUAAUGGAUGAGGUAACUCCAGCACAAGGGGAGACAAAUAACGGCACCAUCAAGGAAGACGGUGAGAAGGUAAAGGAGGAUGAGAAAACACCAGAGGAGAAGGCGGUGGGAGAUGCAGCCAACAGCGAGGAGGCUUCAGCUACACCUGUAACUGCAGCUGAAGAUUCACCCUCCCCCAACCCACAGGCGGCCACCGAAGCCCAGCCCAGCCAAGCUGUGGAAGCAGCCUCCUCUGAGGGCAAAGAGGAAGGUGAUGCAGAAAAGAAAUAGAAGAUUCCUAUCUAUUUGUGUUCUUAUACAGCCUACAUCACUCUUCUUAUAUAAGAAGCUUAAUAUAUGAACAUUUUGUUUUCUUUGCCAAAGGAUGUGAUGUGGAGUUUUGUGUAUAGCUGCCCUUAUUUCACUUUGGCUUUAAAUCCUUUAACUGUAAUUUUUUUCUCCAGACAGAUUUCAAUUUGAUAAUCAACCAGCUGUGUGUAUUCUAAGCUUGUCAACCAUUUUAUUACUGGGAAAACAACAGAGUGAUGUUGCUUCCAAUUCUUGUGUGUGAAAAUUAAAAUAUUUUAACAUUAGAAUAAGCUUUUUGUUUCUUUCCCCCCAGCUCACCUUGUGUGUUUGUGUUUUUCCUCUCUUACUCUAAUUUGACAAUCACGCAACCAGCACAACAGAGAUCCAUCAUUCAGAGUCAUCACUGGCCCUUCAGCUGUGUAACGAGCUGGCAUUCGUGUGUGUGUGUAUGUGUGUGUAUGUGUGUGUGUGUGUGUUUGUGUGUAAGCGGUUUGCUUGAUUAGCAAGCAGAGAAUGUGCGUCCUCCAGGCAGUGCCACUCAACUCUAAAAGAAUGCUCUCUUUCACCUCAGCCAGAGCUGACAAAAGACAUACAUAGAAGCACAGACACACACACACACACACACGCAGAAAACUUUUCCAAAAAACCAAUACGGGGUUGUUUCCGCUGUCACGUGCAGAACUUUGUUUAUCCACUUGCAGGUGACGUCAUGAUGAAUGUGCACCUUUCUUUAGCAGUUCUGAAUAGUUUGUUCUCUGCUGAGCUGGGUAGUGCAUUUAUACCACUGGCACUGAAUGCAAAAGUAGAAGAGAUAAAAAGUAAAAGAGAGAAAUAAAAGCAUGGCUCUAGGUGAUGCAUGUACAUUGAUGAAAUAAUGAGUGAAUAAUUUCAGCAACUCUUUACUGCCUGUAUGGUGCAGCAGGUAUACAAAGUCAAAUUUGGGUUAUUGGGUGUUCUUUUUUUUUCUUUCCUGCUACUGCUGCAGUAUUUGGCAACACUGCACGAGCUGAAAGCAGUUUUAUAGCACGCUAAGGGUGGUGGUAGACAGAUGUGGAGUGAUCGUGAAGCUUCUUGUAAGGGCCAGUUACAGGAUACAUGUAACUUAACCUCAUCUCAGCAAGCUGCUAAACCCAGAAAAGAAAGUACAGAAAAGAAAAGGUGGGGAGGAAGUAACAAGCACUUUGCUGAAAUGUGUUUUCGGUUAAGGUGACCACUGAGCUGAGACAAUAGUUUUAAAAAAGAAGAUUUCGAUUAACUGCUGCCAGGGUUCUGCAGUCAGAAAUGUGAGCUGUCUUUGUGCAAAAAUAAUUUUUGUCAAAUUUGUCGCACUUGAAAAGUUGAAACACUGAUUAACUGUCUCUUUGGAACAAGUCUAAUUUUGUGGUAGCAAUACAGCAAUGCAGUGCAGAACGGAGAGUUGCCUGUAUUGCUGAUGACAGGUAGGAAGCUGCAGCAGAGGGAGAGUGCUCUGCAAUAAAUCAUGGUGCUCUUUUGUGGCAGCCUCCAACAUUUACAAGGAAAAUAAGACCCAAUUGAAGCACAUCAUUACAUUUGCAAAAGGAGGCUUUAAGAGGGGGUGUAGAUUAUGUGAGAUAACUGAUAACAGUCGAUCCUAUUUAAAUACAAACAGGGCUGAAAUCCGAGCACAGCAGCAGCUAUCGUUUUAAAAUGCAGAGGGAAAUCUUGAGAGCUGCCAGGUUUGGAAGGGACCAAGUGGUUUCCUUUGUAGUCCUUUUUAUGCAGAGAUCCCUUCAUUAUCCGCUACAUUUCUCCUUACCUCCAUCCUAAUGCACCCCCUCAACCCCCACCUUACCCACUCACAAGCACCCCAGCCCUCCCCUUUUACUUCCACUGCACAGAGUAAAUCCAGAGCUUGCAGUGUGUGAUCACGCCAACCCCAAAAGAUCCAUAAGAGCCGGUAGUAAACUCUCAGCUUUUCAAGGAGCAGCCAAGGACCAAACUGCAAAGAAGUGAAGGCAGCCUGAGAAAAAAAGAUACAAAAAAAAAAUGGUCGAGUAGGCAGAGGUCAAUUCUAUGAGCGGAAAAGGGUGAAAAAAAACACCUUCAGCAGAACACCAGCUGGUCCUGGGAUCAAAAGCAGAAAAGGACAGGGGAAAGAGGGGGCUGGACAGCGAGAAGGAGCAGAGAAAAGUGAGUGGAAUGAUAAAAUGAGAAGGUGGAAGCUUUCUCUUCUGGAGCUCGUGCUCGUGUUAUGGCUUGGGUUGCGAAUUCUGGCUGUGUGUCCCUCCGUGUGCUCCUGCAGUCGCAGCCACAGGGAGGUAGACUGCUCCUCGAGGGGUCUAAGAAGUCUGCCCAACAACUUACAGUACAACCUGCGCUCCCUUAACCUGUCCCACAAUCGUUUCCACAGCCUGGAUGACCAACUUACCGCUUACACCCAUCUCCGCGUUCUAGAUUUGUCUCACAAUCGGCUGAGCCGACUGCCCGCAAACCUACCUCGUUCCCUCUGGCGGAUCUAUGCCUCCUCCAACCGCAUUCAGUUGUUGGACAAGAAUGACACGGUUUACCAGUGGAACCUGCAGCUGCUUGACCUCUCCAACAACAAAAUGGAGAGAGCCACCUUUAUCAACAACACGCUGAGCAGUUUGUGCACGCUCAACCUCAGCCACAAUCACUUCUGGACUUUGCCUACCAACCUACCCGUACGCCUGGAGAUUCUUGACCUGUCCCACAACUGGCUAGUAAAAGUACUUCCCGGAUCUUUAGAUCGGCUCCCCAGACUAACUUACUUCUACCUGCAUGCUAACCGCUUCUCUGCAAUGCCUCUUGGAGUCUUGGACAAAAUGACAUCGCUCAAAGUCAUUGCUUUGGGAAACAAUCCUUGGGCUUGCCACCUUUAUGCCGACAUCAGUUACUUGCUCUCCUGGACUCAGCGUACCCCCGCACGUGUCCUGGGCUGCCCAUGCCACACUCAGCCCGUCUGUGGAGGGGUGCGCCCUGGCAGGACGGGAGGGUGGCAUUAUGCCUCCUACAACUUACCCCCAUUGGCUGCCAGCGCCAAGGAUCUGACCUCUAUGACCCCUAAAGCUAGUGUCACCGGCUGGUGGUAUCUGUCUGUUUCUACCUCGCUGAACACUCCUGUUGCCCCAAGAGAGACAUGGGACACAAAACACCACACUUUCACAGCCACACCCAGCAUCAGCAUGGCCACCCUGAAGUACAAAACCACAGGCACACACCUAACUAUUGAUCACAUGUCUGCAAGUGUUAGCUCUGAUUCUCUUCAUGUCUCUGCAACAAAGCAAACCUCAACCACAGACACAAGUCUCCUUACAGAAAUGACCGAUGAAGAUAACACGACAUCUGCCACAGAUCAAUUUUUUACCACAGAUAGUCUGUCCAUCCAAACAAAGAAGACAACCACACUUCGCACCAGAAGUGUGAGGAGGCAGAAUCCAUCCUUUCCAGGUGGUAUCCCUAACAGUAGCCCUGCUCUUGUUUCCUGUUCCUGGGAUUUAUUCCUUCAUAGCUCAGCGCUCCUGUCUCUCAUUCUGAUUCAAGUCCAUUGAAAGACGAAUGAAAAGGCCCAACACCAGUUUAUAGCACAAACAAGUAGAACAGACACAAAACUGAAUACUGCUGCUGCGCUGCAAACCUUGCAUAUAUAUAUUACCAGCUUUACAGCUUUAAUUUCAAUGACAGGCUUGAGCUGGGUGUACUGACACUUUUAGAAUUACAUGUGCAAAAACAAACAACUUUUCUAACAUUUUUACAAGCCCUGCUUUGAAUGUCUUUUUAAGAUUGUAAUGAAUCUAGCAGAGCACAUGAUGGCACUAUACAUCCAGGUACCAGUCUGUUAUGUAACUGAGUGCCUGGUGCUUCAUGGGCAGCAACAGUCUAUUUCCAGGCUGUCCAAGGUGCACUUCAGUACACACUAAUGUCCCCAAUUUAGAGUUUUAAAUGUUUUAUUUUUUUAACAUUUUUUAUUGUUUCCCUAUUUGUUUCCCCAGUUUCACUCUAGAUGUGUAUUUUUGCUUUGACUUUGUGCAACAUUUCAUCCUGUUAACUGUUUCCGCUCUCACUGUAGCUGUCCUUGAUGUCUGGCCUGCUCGUUUCAUACAGGGGUCAGGAUGUGUGAUCGAAAUGUCGGGGACACGCACAUAACAGGAGAGAACAGAGACUCUUUGGAGCAGAGGGCAGACAAAUGGACAUUGUUGCAUCACUACAGUUUAACAAAGUCCAAAUGCUUGGCGCUGCUUCUGCAUUUUGAUCACAUCUCAGACUUAAGUGUCCUUCAUGAUUCAGUGACGCUCGUGAAAAUUAUCUGCAUGCUGACUGAACGUCGCAGGAAUGCUAACUUACUUGUGUCUUGCCGCAGAGCAUUAAAGCGCAGACACUUUCGUGAUAUUCAAAUCUCGACUGCAUUAAACGCCAAUGAUGUAGCAGCCUGCAGGUUUUUUGGUUUUUUUUUUUACAAUUUUAGUAACGCUUUUGCAUCUAGACCUUAAAGCUGCCAACAGAGGGAGAAAAGCACCACAGAAAUCUGCUUUUGAUAAACUGGAGAAGAACUAAUGUCAGGAAUUAGUUUAUUGCUGGGUGCUGCUUCAAAGUGUUUUCUGUAAUGUUAAAUAAAAUGUUGGCUAUUUACACCUUCUGAUAAUUGUUUUCAUUUCACCACUCACCACCUCCUCUUCUUUUCUUUGCUUUAUCCUACC